CCGUACAACGAAUCUUUAAAUGCGCGUCCCGCGUCCAUCACAGACUGGGAGUAAGACUAUGCGUUGAACCGAUUUCUAAGAAGUUAAUAAUCCCGCACGGGCGAUGUGUCGAGCUAGUUUCUAAGAAAUUCCCACGGAGCGCGGCGGACAUGUCUACCUACGUGUGUACUAUACUUCUAUAAUCCCCAUGUUUGGGUGUUUUGUAAACAAUAGAUUUCCCAUCGACAGCACGUGCCGAAUCUUGAAUCUUGAAUUUGUUGCACCCAAAAAGCUACGUUGACAGCUGUCCGAGGAGAAGAGUCAAGACUUGAUUAUCUACGGUACCUUCAGAGUACUGGCGUUGCGUUGGAAAGCGAGAGCUGUUCAAGAUCUAGUGCUUCAUGCUGAAGAAACAUGGCUGUUUUGGAUCCACUGACAGAGUUGGAGAGUGCAGCUGAGCCUGAUGAUGCUCUUCCAAACACACAGAUGACAGGUCUCCAGACAGAGCUUGAGAGUGAAGCUGAUGAGGAUCUACAUUGUGAGACAGGUCCCUGGACUCCUGGUAUCUUUAUCACUGAACUUGAGAGUGAUGCAGAUGAGGAUGCUUGCCAUAUUCCAAGGAAAAGGGGAAAAAAGAGAAGACAUGUGACAUUUCAACUGGAAUCAUCAUGCAGUGAUCAAGAGCAGAAAAAAAGAGGAAGAUGUUGUUCAACAGAUUGUCUGGCAAGAGUCACACGAGCAGAUGCAGCUGCAGCUCGGAUCGCUUUUAAGGAAAAGUCGCUGGGUGAUCAGAGGACAUGGCUGAUGGAGUACUUCAGAACCCACUCUUCUCGGUCUGAAAAUGAAAGUCUCCAAUUCUCCUACAACAUCGGUUUGGAGCAGGUGUGUGCCACAGCCUGGCAUCAAGUCGUUGGAAUUGUGAGGUCAAGAUUCUACUACUGGCAGAAGCAGUUCAGAGAUGGACUGCUAUACCCAUUGCCUGCUAACUGCUUGAGGAAAGGACACAAGAUUAACAAAACCCUAAACGCGAAGACAGAACUUAAUGCAUUUGCUCGUUCCUAUGGAGACCGAAUGCCUGACAGAGAGUCUGUAAACCUUCCACAUGGGUUCACAAAGCGAGAGGUGUAUAGAAGAAUACGACAAGAUAAUGCUGAGGUUUGUUCUGAGACUCACUUCAAAAGGAUUUGGAGAAAGGAAGAGCAGCACAUCACAAUCCCCAAGGUGAACCGCUUCUCUAAGUGCGAUGUGUGCACAGAGCUGAAAAUGAAGCUUGGCAAGACAAACGACAAAGAUGUUCGAAGACAAUUGAUUGCACAACAUCAAAAACAUGUAGAGAAACAAAGCAGUGAGAGACAAAAAUAUUACAAACACAUCCGCAAAGCGAAGUCACAGCCAGAGAAAUACAUGAGUGUAAUCAUCGAUGGGAUGGAUCAGCACUGCACAUCAAUACCGCAACUCCAUCCAACACCUAAAGCUCUGAGCUACAAUGAUCAACUGCACACUCACAUCACCGGUGCACUUGUUCAUGGAAGAGGUCAACACGCCUACAUCGAUUUUAACGAGUACCCACAUGACAGCAACCUAACCAUUAAUUUCCUGCUCAACAUCCUGGUCCGUUAUGCCGACUCUCUUCCACCAGUCCUCUACCUACAGCUGGACAACACUUCUAGGGAGAAUAAGAAUCGACAUCUCUUUUCUUUUCUGUCCCUGCUCCUUGAACUCAAUAUCUUCAAGAAGAUCAAAGUUGGCUUCUUGAUGGUCGGUCACACACAUGAGGACAUCGACCAGUUCUUUUCAAGGAUUGCAACUCACUUGAAGAAAAGGAGCACCCCAUCUUUUCCAAAACUUCUGCAAGCUAUUCCCGCCGCUUUCCACAAAGCUCACUGCCCUACAACAGCGGAGCGCAUCUUACACCUCUUUGAUGUUCGCAAAUGGCUUCUUCCCCAUCAACACAGCAUGUGCUAUCACAGUAAACCACACAUAUUCAAAUUCGCACUGCACCAAGGAAAAGCCACCCUACAAACAAAAGACUGGUCAACUACACCACAUUGGAGAGACAACACUGGCAUCAACCACAUCCUGUCAUCACAUCCAGACGGACAACCAACAUUGGUGACGAUUUCAUCACGAUCAGGCAGUUGA